AUGCACAUCCUCUCAGUCGACGACAACCCCAUCAGCCAAAAACUCAUGACCAAACUCCUCUCCAGGUUCAACUGCACCGUCGCAACAGUCUUCAACGGCCAGGAGGCCCUAUCCUACCUCUCCAACCCAGCAAACCCUCCCCCAGAUCUCAUCUUCAUGGACCUCCAAAUGCCAGUCCUUGAUGGCAUCUCCGCAGCAUCCAUCAUCCGCACCCAGCCGCCGUUCGCCUCCAACCCGGUUCUCCGGACUGCGCCCAUCAUCGCGGUUGGGGCGCAUGGUGUCCGUCUGGAUCGCGAGGCCUUUGCCGGUAAGGGUGAGUCAUGUCAAGCCGAUGCUGUUGUUUUGGUCGAGGAGGGAGAGGGUUCUACCGGUGUCUUGCCGGGUGCUGUCCCUGUUCCUGAGGCUAAGGCUGGGGCUGGGGCUGGGGCUGGAGGCGUUGGGUUUCGGCCGGCUUGGGGGCCGAUGCCGUUGAGGGGGUAUAGGGGGCCUAGGUCUUUGCUUUGA